AUGCCUCACAAGAGAAUCAUCGUUUGUUGUGAUGGGACCUGGAACAAUGCCGAUGGAACCGGUCAGAUACCUACGAAUGUCGCGAAACUUGCACGAUGCAUCGACAAUGAGGCUGCAGUACAACAAAAUGGCAAGGAUGUCUUGAUCAAGCAAAUUGUUUACUAUCAACGUGGAAUUGGCUCUGUUGGAGGAUGGCUUUUUGGCAAGUUAGAGAAUGCAAUUGAAGGUGCGACGGGUAGAGGUGUGCGGGAGAAUAUCAUGCAAGCGUAUCAGUUCAUAUGUCUGAACUACCAGCAUGGAGACGAAAUAUUCCUUUUUGGAUUUUCAAGAGGUGCUUUCACUGCCCGAAGUAUCGCACAUCUUAUCUUCACUAUGGGACUGCUGACCCAUCGUGGGCUAAUGCAACUCGGUGCCAUUUUCGAGCAGUGGGAGAGACAGAAUGAAACAGAAAAGAUCAAGGGCUCACUCGAUGAUGAUCAGGAGGUCAAGUCGUACCUCCGGAAUCUACUGGCCAAAGAGAUGACACGCCCGAACAUUCCCAUCAAAGUAUGUGGUGUCUGGGAUACCGUUGGGUCCUUGGGCCUUCCAAGGCCGUUCUUCCUUCCUCAGCCGGUCGGGAGGAAACUGGCUUUCGUCAACACGAAAGUCCUCCCGAAUGUAGAGUAUGCUUUUCAGGCACUCGCAUUGGACGAACGACGUAGGCAGUUCAAACCUACACUUUGGGAGAAGCCGGAUGGUCAAGAGUUUCCUCGUGUGCUACGACAGUGCUGGUUUCCCGGGUCGCAUUCAGACGUCGGUGGGGGCUUGAAGGACGAUGCUGCCGCUCGGCUACCUCUUGCUUGGAUGUUGAGCCAAUUGGAUGAUCUUUUGGAGUUCGAUCCAUUGGCGGUCGGCCAAUUCAUGAGAGUAUCAGGGACUUCACCUGGCAUUUUAGGGAGGAUUCAUAAUUCCAUGAGCCUUUUGUUCUUAUUUGGAGGUUCAUAUUUUCGGGUCCCUGGUACCUUUACAUCAGUCAAUCCUAGAACUCGUGAGUUCACGGACCAUCGACUGCGGAACACCUACGAGUCUAUUCACUGGUCAGCUCGGGAACGAAUGUCAGAGCAAGUCGAUGAUUACGACAAGGCAGGCUUGGUCGACUUCACCAUGAUAGGCGUUGCCACAGAACCGGACAGCCCAGUCGUGCACCAGGUCGCAGAUCAAGAGUUCCUGCCAUUACCUGGACCUCCAGGUAGACCAACAGCCGUUCAAUGGGUGAAUCGAAAGUUGAAUGUGUCUCUCAUGGAAGACGAUAUGAGGGAGUACGAGCGAAACAUUCUGAAGCUCUGGGGUAUGCAGCAACUUUACACCUUGGCGACCGACAAGGUAGCAAAUGAGAGUUUCACGACAGAGAACAGUCUCGAGGAUAAGCCUAGGAGUGCCGCGGAACGGUUGCAACAGCUUAUUGUUCUCGGAAAGAGGCCGACCGCCGACUUGGCCAUAGAUAGGUCGUCGGAGCUGAUCGCACACCUAUCACCAAGAUCAGAGACGUUCUGA